ACAUGAUUUGUGGAAAAUUGUCACGUAUAUAAAAUUGUAAGAGUCAAAGGGUGAUUUGAAAGUGAAACGGGGUUUUACUUUUUAUUAAAAGUGGAUGAAAAUCUGGACUCUAGCAAAUAAAAGAUACUGUCCAAUGUUUUUCCUUUGAUGGACUUGCUAAGGGAGCUGGUCGACAGUUUUUACUAGCAUGAAUCACAUGUAACAGAAUGUCUAAAGAAAAGCCUACAGGUUUUUUCAGCUCUGUUUUUGCCAGCAACUAUGGGCUUCUUAGUGGGCUGUCUUCUAAAAUUGAAGCAGCUCUCUCGUUAGAAUCGGAUGGAUCAGAUACUGACUCUUUACCCCAGAGUUCAGAAACUUCAUGCACUGGUUCUCCAGCUUUGUCAGUUGAUAAUCAUGAUGUUGGUGCCACUGCUAGGCAGUUUACGCAGGAAACUAAAAAAUAUUCUAAGAAAGUUAGAGCAAUUGGUCGAAAGGACAGAUCUGUGUAUGGACAGCCAAUAUGCCAUCUACCAUUAUCGCCACAGCUUCCCAAAACUCACAGUAUAUGUAGUAGAGAUCCUUCUAAUGAGUCUUUGGAUACUAUUGAUAGUGGACAUGGUAAUGGCCAAAGCAGCCCAUCUGGAUCUAAUGAGCAGCCUAGAAAGUUUGACCCUUUUUAUGUUUUUCGACAUUCAAACUCUGCAGGUAUAGGGAGUGAGUCCGACACUUUUGGAAAUAGCCCUUGCACAAGUGUUGAUUCAUCAGACACAGAGUCCAUUCCAGAAGGAAGGAGUCUUGGGAUCGGUAUAUCUGGGUCAGAUGGCUCCCUACAUUCUUGGACAUCCAGCAUCAGUUGUGAUAGUCGGGCUGAUGACAUCAAUAAUGAGGCUAUGAAAUUCAUGAAGAGUUAUGUGCAAAAUAUUUUCUUUUCCAGUUCUAGUAUUACAUUUGAAGAGAAGGCUAAGUUUGGGGAGUUGUGUCAGUAUGAAGCUGGCAGACUUUGGUUUGCAAGAUGUGUUAAUGGUCAAAGAGUUCAUAACAAAAGGGUGACAGAAAGUACCUUUUAUAGUCUUGUCCAGCAUUUUGCAAUAGUUCUCUUUGAAUGUGGAGAAUCAGAUGAUUUUUCUCCAGCCAAGUCUCUAAUGAAUAUGUGUUUGACAUUUUUUCAUGAAGUGUCACAGGGAAAUAGUCCACCUACCAAAGAAUAUCUGUACAAAUAUCUGAAGGAACAACCUAUAUGGCAUUCACUUCAUUUUUGGAAUGCUGCUUUUUUUGAUGCUGUACAGAAAGAAAGAAGUUUGAGACCUAUGCCUACUAGAAAAGAGAUGAACCAUCUUAGUCUUGAAGACAUCAGAGAUGAGACAAGUUUCCAAGAGAAUAUCACGUUUGGUCAACUAGGAACGUUCACUCACAACAUGCAUGCCUUUGGUUUAAGUAAAGCUUUGUGUCUGGAAUUUCUCAGGAAACAAAGUACCAUUGCCAAUCUUCCAUCAGAACAAGUCCAGCUGCUUCAAGAAAAUAUAGAACGGAUUUACCAAGACAGAGGAAGGUGACACACAGUUCAUCCCAGAGUAUCAAAACCAGUCCAGUUGUUUGUGAAUAACCAAAACUUGCCCUUUAAAAAAUAUCUAAAAUAAAAACAAGUCUAUUAAAUAUAUCAAUAAAUUUCAUGUUGAAACCAUAGAGUAAUACAUGUAUUUAUUUAUGUAUUUUAUCAUGUAUUUUUAUUUUUUGAGUAUAUAAUAGGAUGUAAGCAUUGAAUUGUAUCACUGUUUAUAUUAUUUGAUUUGGGUAGUUGUUUUAGUAUUUAGAGGUGUAUUCUAUUUGCAGUACAUUAACAAUUAUGUAAUUGUUUUUUUUGUUUGUCAUUAUUUAAAAUUGAAACUGAUAAAAUGUGAGUUAAAUGCAGAACUUUGUAUAGCACUACUGUCACAUAUUUAUAAUAGCCACUGUUGUUGGGUAUUGGACAGAAAUCUUCCCAAUACUAGUGACCUAUAUAACGUUAGGUUUAUUGUUGUAUUUUAGACGGAACUUUCUUUGGUACAAUACUAGUGACAUGUGUUUCCUUAUUCUUCUUGGACUCUAGACACAAACCUUUAAGUACAAUACUAGUGAUGUAUAUUACACUGUAUGCUGUUGUUGUUGUUGUUGAACUGUACACAGAAAGCUUUCUCAAGUGCAAUACUAGUGAUAUAUUACAUUAGAUUUGCUGUCAUUGUUUGACUUUAGAGAGAACUUCCAUCUUGACUACAAUGCUACUGACAUGUGCCAUGUUUGGUCCACGUAGUGCUUGUUUUCAAGUACCGAGUGUAGAAUUUCUCAAUGAAAUAAGAUUUUGUCCGUACAUAUCUAUGGAAAUGUAAUGUAUUCUUAAAACACUAAAAGUUGAUAAUUAACCGAAGGAGUCGGUUUCUUAAAACUUUUCCAGAAAAAAAAAUAUUGCAAGCUUUGGAUUAUACAUUUAAUCCUCGUAGUUUGCUCUUAGUGAACACUUGCCAUCCUUGUUCAGAAGCAAUACCUGUUAGUUAUAGUUCAAAAAGUAUUCCAUUACUUUGUCAUUAUAUGUACUAACCAUAUUAAACUGUUUAUCCUAUAGAGAACUUGUGUCACAAGUAUAGCUUGUAUCAAGAUGUUAAUAGGUUAACUCUGUUUACCAGUUGUUUAAUAAUUCACUUUCAUAUAAGUAAUACUCAAAUUAUUUUUAUUUCUUUGGUUAAGCUGGUUAAAAUGCUAAACAAAUUUUUAGGAAUGAUUAUUGUUUGAGUCAUUGAAAGCACCUGGUAUUUCAUAAAUAUUUUGGUGGAACAUUAGUUAUUUAAUAUUGCUCAUUUAAACCUUGUUGUGUAAUUGGUUUUAGGAUUAACAAAUUUUUUAUUUAUGUAUGUGUUGUUGUGCAACUGGUUCUACAGAUUUAAUUGUUUAAUAUUUUCAUGUUUUAUGUUUGACAUUUGGUACAUAGAUAAUAAAUAGAAAGUAUUUUCCUAUACAUAGUUUUAGGUAAACAUGAGUGUAGCAGUGUGAUCUCAUAUUUUGUAUAGUAUAUUUAAAAGAAACCUGUAUUUUAUUAUCUUGAAAUACCUGAAACUUGUUUGUUCAAGUACUUUAUAGUCAUACCUUCAAGAAGUUGACAUGAGAUAUUUCACCUUUACAUUUGCCAAAUAAAGCCACUUGUUUAUUUCAAGAAUAUAUAUAAACAAUUGAUAAAUUACCUUGUUUUAAAAGAAAAAAAAAUGUAUAUACAUAAUUUUUUUAAAGAUUUGUGAUGCCAUAACAUGGUUAUUCUUGAGUGCUAUUUAUAUAAAAGUAAAGUCUAUAUCAACUGAAAUACUGAUUUACAAUGGCUUUUUUAACCCAUUGACUGUGGCUGCUCUAAGCACAUGUAAUUUUUGCAAGCCAUAAACUAUAUAUGUCAUACUUGCAUUCAAAUGCUGGAGGCAGACUGUGUAAUAUACAGUGAAUCAGUAGUUACUGGGUUAGUUUCAAAUCAUAGUUAAUAAAGACGUUUUUUCCAAAUAUAUUUGGAUGUUACAUCAUUUAAAUUUAUUGGCUGAGAAUUUGAAAUGGAUGAUAUCUGUUUUAUGAUUAUUAGUUAUGUUACUGACAUGGUGCAAGAAUAAUAACCUGUCCUGAAGACGAUACAAAAUUAUAUUUAAAUUUGUCAUAAACUAACACUGACCACCAAAAUAUGUGACUAAUUAUAAAUUCAUAACUAUGUUAAUUUAUUGCUUACAGUUGAAAAAUUUUGUUUAUUAAAGGAAGAAAAUUGAACUUCAGCAGUGAGAAAUGCAUCCAUUUUUAUCAACUGUUAAUUUCAGAAAAAACUAGAUUUUCUCUCAAUUUUUUUUAUUAUGAAAAAUUUGGACUAAUUUUAAAUUUAAACUGUCCUCAUUACUAUCUGCUUGAAUGUAUAAGAGUUUCUAGAAGAGAAAGUUAAAAUCAAUAGCUUAACUACUGGAGCCAUCUACAAAUUAUUUUGUAUGACAGCUUAAUAUAUUAUUGUUUUAGAAAUAAUGUUAACUUUAAAUUUUUAAAAUGUUAAAAAUGUAUGACAAAUUGGAUGCUCAUGUACUUUUUUUUUUCAUUUCUUUUUGCAAAGUUUGAAAAACUUAAUAUGCUGUUGUGUUCAUAACUUAUUGUAAUCAGUAGUAUAAAGGUUUAGCCAGUAAUUUAGUAUUCAUUGGAAAUUGUGUAUAUUUGCUUUGAGUUUGUAAUAAUGUGAAUAAUAGUUGUAAGUAAAAAGAGUUGAUAUAUUAAAAGGUAGAAGUCUGUAAUAAACAUUUCAAACUACAUCUGUCCGUUUCUGCAACCUUCUAUUAACAAUCAAUUUGUAUGAUGAUUAAGUGUAUGGACAGGCAAGUCCAAGCUAUUUCUUCUUAAAUAUACAUCUUUAUGGCCAUAAUAAUUACCAUGGGGAUACUACUGUGUGCUAUACUUGUUUAUUAAUAUAAUCCUUGGAAAUCAUGGUCCAUGUAUAUUUAUGUUUUAAUCAUUAGCAAAAUGUAAAAGGCAUUCGUUGAAAAUGGGUACUUUGAAGAAUUUUAAUGUUUUUUUUUGUACACUUUAUUGGUUGAUAUUUAAUUUUGUGUAUUUAUGUUUCAUUUUAUGGGAAUUUAAUCUAUUUCUGUACAUCCAUAUGUCUCAAAUACAGUGCUUUUUUAUAUAGGAGAUAUCUUUCUUUUUCGAAGCCACUGAUUUGAUUUACAGACUGGUUGGAUUUUAGUUUGAUUUAAAAGCGUUUCAAUUAAAUCAGUUUUGUGUACCAAAGGAAUCUUUCUUCGUUUGGAAAAAUUAAUGUAGGAGAUAUUGUAUUACCACUUUCAAGUGUUUUAUACUGUUUGGCAGGGCAUUUCUCUAGAAUUUCAAUUUUUCCACUGUAUUACUAGUACAAAGAAUUUAAAAGAACAGCAGGAUGUCAAUUAGAAAAACCUCAUUUUUAGAUUAACUGUAUUUGUGUUAGAAGAAUCACUUGAAGAAGCAUAUAUCAACACUGUUAAGUAAAAGAUUUGGUAUCUGUGGCUUAUAGAUUAUAUAUUUAUAAUAUGUUAGGUUAGAGUUCAUGAACAUUAAGAAAUAUAUUAGAUGGUUAGUUAUUUUCAAAAUUCUGUUGAUUGUGAAACUAGUUCAUAAGCUCAGGUAAUAAUCAUGUGUUUAAAUAAAUGUGUGGAUGUUUUCUAAAUGUUGUAAGUGAUAUUCCAGUUGAAAUAUGUAAAAGUGAGAAUUUGUAGCAUUUAAAGUUGUUCAAUAAAUAGAAUAUUUACACGGAA